GACUAAUGAAUUAAAAAUCUUGGGCUCGCCACAGUUUGUUGCUUAAUAAUGCCUCUGACAGAAGGAUUUUUUCCUCCCUGAAGCGUGACAGCAUCAGAAUCCCUCGUCUCUGGCAAGGGGAGGAAGGAAAGGCAGAAUAGUGGAGAAAAGUGGAAAAGGGUGAACUUUUGGGACAGCAAAGCCUAUGGGAAACGCAGGUAGCAGCAUGUUGCCCUGACAGCUGUCUCAGCUUCUCAGACCUUGUCAGUUUGUUGCUAUGCAGCAGGUGCAGCCUUUUCUUUUAUUGAAGCUUUACUCCAUAAAGGCAACGACAAGCCAAGGCAGUGGCUGGCCCUGGAUUAUACAAGUGCAGACGCUCCACUAAGUGAGGGUUUCAUCUGAGAAAAAUAACCCCUUGGAGUUCGUGAUCCCAGAAGAAAGACUGAGGAUUGAGUAAGGUCCCAAUCCAGGAGUCAAACACAUGCAGACAGACCCCUAGACCUGCACAGAGUUCCACUGAAGAAUCACCACCAAGCUGGAACAAACAAGUAAAAGCAUUGACUCAAGUGCCCACAUGAUCACCACCGCCAGGGUACCUGCUGAUAAGCCAGUACGAAUUGCCUUCAGCCUGAAUGACUCCUCAGAUGAUGCUUCCUCAGAAAACUUCCCUUUGGCAUUUCCAGAACUAGAUCAGCAGCUUCAGCCACUGCCUCCUUGUCAUGACUCUAAGGAAUCUAUGCAGGUGUACAAACAGCACUGCAAAAUAGCAGAAGAGUACCAUGAGGUCAAGAAAGAAAUUGCUCUGCUGGAAGAAAGAAAAAAGGAGCUGAUUGCCAGGCUGGAACAAGCAGAGAAAGAAAGCAUGGAUGCUGCUCAGCUGGCUAAAGAAUACGCAGAACUGACAGAGGAGAACCGAACGCUGAAGCUGGCCCAGACACAGUGUGUAGAGCAACUGGAAAAGCUCAGGAUACAGUACCAGAAAAGACAGGGGUCUUCAUAACUCUCAGCUAACUUAUGUGACGUAGUUAAUACAGGAUUGGUCCUGUGCUGGAAAGAGAUUUUAAAAUAUAGGUCUGUUUAAUAUGUUAUAAUACUUUACUACAGAUACAGAGUAUGUAGAAGUCUAUAUUUGAUUUAAUGCUUGUCAGCCAGUAGCUUAAUAUAAUGGAUAUUUCGUCCAUUAUAUAAUGGGUAUUUUAUUUCAAGUAACAUAAUUGAAGUUAACCUAUCCCCAUUAUAUGUUCAAGUAGAUCAGGUUUCUUUUCUAAACAUAUUUUUUCCAAUUUAGGAAGAUAUGGAAGCACUCAAAAAUUAUAUAAAUAGUCUCUGUGCUGGGAAUUUGUGCCGUACUAAGGCAUACAGCAGUAGCAAUAAUAUAUGGAGUACAUGUAUGUUAAUUUUAGUUUGGCAAGGAUUUUUAAAAAUUAUUUCCCUCAUGCUUAAAGUGUUUAGAAGUUAUCUUAAAAUGGAUCUCCUUGUGGAUAAAAACUAUGCUUUAUUAUCCCAUGUCAAUAUUGCUAUAUAAAAUCUGAGAAAUUGCACAUUGAAAGUUAAAGUAACAUAAUUAUUUGUAUCAAAAAAGUGUACUACAAAUUAUGAAAUUAAAAGGAAAUUACAAGAUCAAACUUUCCUUCCUCAAGCAUAAAGAUAACUUGAGAUUUGAUAUUUCGGAGGUAUUUUUAUUGUACUUUUUGUCAUGCAAGAAAUGAAAAAUUAAUAUAUGAAACUACCAUCAUAGUUUCAACUGAGAAUAUGUCAGUAAAAGUCCUGUGAGAAUGCUUUUUCUUAUUUUCUGUUUUGAAACCUAAGUGGCUGUAAGUAGGGACACAAGGUCCAUGCUACAUGAAUAAUCUGCAAGUAAAAUGUUAGUUUUACUUGCUUUGUUUAUCCCUGUAUUUUCCUAGAUCAACUGAAAGUUCUUUGUUAUACUUCCAUUUCUAUUCAUACAGUAUUUUUUUUCAUUAAAAG